AUGGAUUGGGAUUCAAAAGACAAAGACAACACAUACCCUUUUAUUGGUUUACACGAGCCUUUCUCUAAUCUUAAUGAGAUGGAAUUUGAGGUUCACGGCAUCUACAUGGAUCAUGAACCAGACGAAGAGUUCAUUACUCCACUGGACAAGUGUAAGGAUGCGUUUCUUAAUGUGUUACUAACUGAUGAAAAUAUUAGAAACUCUAGUUUGACUAAUGAUGUAAGAGCACAAAUGUAUCAUGGUGAUGAAUUGAAAACUGAUGAAGAUGAAGAAGAGCAAGACCAGUUGAAAAACAAAUACAUAAUACAUGAUCCAAAAACAAGAUGGGACAAAAUGGAACCAAAACUUAGUGACAUUUUUGAGAAUGUUACACAGCUGAAGUUUUGUAUCCAAAACUACACAAUCCACAAUUGGUAUCAACUCUACCUUGAAAAGUGUGACAGUAGCAAAAUACUUUUAAGAUGUGGGAAAAGAAAUGAGGAUAAUGCUUGCCCUUUUAGACUAUAUGCCUCAUGGAUGUUCAAUGAAAGAUCUAUUCAAGUCAAGACUUUAGAAGCUACUCAUGCUUGUGGUAGGAAGUUCAAACUUGGCUCUAUGGUUACUCCUGAAUGGAUAGGUGGACACUACAUAACUGAAAUUGCAAAUAAACCUAAGGUGAAGCUUAAAGAGAUUAUUACUGACAUCAAACAAAGGUUUAGGUGUAGUGUAUCUAUAGGCCAAUGCGUAGGGAAAAUAAAUGGGCCAAGGAGCUAA